GAAAGGAGGACGGAGCCAGGCCCGGUUUGGCCCCGAGCUCACGCCGAGUACGUCCGUCAGUUCGGCGGCGGCGGGGGGAGGUGAGGGGUUGGUCUCGGGCCCGGAGCUAGCUCCUUGGAGGCCGCUGCUGCUGUGCCUGCCGGCCCCGGGCUGCCUGCGGCGCCGCUGCUGUUCGUCGUUGUCGUCGUCUUCCUGCUCGGCGGCCUCCACCUCCUCCCGGCUUCUGAGGAGGGAAUGAACAGCCGCCCGCCGCGGUCUCCGGGACCUAGCGGGCCAGGAUCUGCUGCUUCCCACGCCGCCGUCGUCACCGCCGCCAAGCAGGAGUGGGCCUGGGUCGGCCCGGUCCAGGAGCCACUGCAGGCAGACAGCGUCCAGCCGCGGCCUCGAUCUUCCGGAGACCUCGAGAGGAGCCGGCCCCCGGGGUAGCGCCAUCGGCCGGGCCGCUGCGUCCCCACUGCACGUCUUCUGCCGCGGCAGCGGCAGGAAGUGCUCACCCAGCCCCGCCCCCGCCCCGGCCAGCAGCCGCCGCAGCCACCACGGCCACUACCGUAGCCGCGGCGGGAGCCGCCUUGGGGGCACCGGGAUCCCCCACCUGCUUUCCCUUCCGGUGACCCAUGAAGCGCUGCGGUCCGUGACGAGCCGUCUCAGCAGCCGCCCACCUUACGGGGUGGCUCAGGCGCCCUUUCCCAGGCCCUCGCGUCUGGCCGACGCCGACGAGCCGAGCAAGUUCUCCACGCGCCCUUUUUUAAACUUCGAAAGAUCCCGAGUGGAGGCAUGUGAAUCCCCCGGGGGGCCGGGAGAGCGGACCCCACCCGCGGGGAGGAGGAAUCGAAUGAGCCACCGCUCGGCCUCUUCUCUGCUGUGGGGAUUGCGGGACCACAACCCCCCGGAAUGAGGGGGAAACUGUUAACUGCUUUCUUGGGUAUACAAAGCCGUGAGGCCCAGCGAACACGGAAAAACCUCACAUUGUGAUCCUUUUGGGGGUGGUGGGAGGGGCCGCCGGGGUCACCGGCUCCUGAAUGUAAUUGGAAGAGAGGGGGGAAAGGAGGUACUUGUUGAAUAAGCACAAUAAUCCCUGAAGUCUUGAAAGACAACGAGUUUCUCUAUUUUUGCCAAUAUUUUGGAGACUGUUCAAUGUAUUGUUUGUUUGACGUAAGAUGACGGCUUUUUAAAAUACUUUAUAGAAGUAAACAAUGACCACCCCGGCUCUGUUGCCCUUAUCUGGACGUAGAAUACCACCCUUAAACCUGGGGCCGCCCUCCUUUUCCCAUCACAGGGCUACAUUAAGACUAUCUGAGAAGUUUAUCCUUCUCCUUAUUCUUAGUGCCUUCAUCACCCUAUGUUUUGGGGCAUUUUUCUUCCUUCCUGACUCUUCAAAACACAAACGCUUUGACCUGGGUUUAGAGGAUGUGUUGAUUCCACAUGUAGAUACCAGCAAAGGAGAAAAAGACGUUGGAGGCUUCUUGAUUCAUGGACAAGGACAUGACGAACACAGACACAGGGAAGAAGAGGAACGUCUGAGAAAUAAAAUUCGUGCUGAUCAUGAGAGAGCUCUAGAAGAGGCAAAAGAGAAACUAAAGAAAUCUAGAGAGAUGAUACAAGCAGAGAUUGAAACAGAAAAAAAUAAGGUAGCCCAGGAAAUGAAGAAGAAAGAAACCAAGCCACUGCCACCAGUCCCUUUACCAAAUCUCAUAGGAAUAAAUGGUGGAGAACCAGAAGAUGAAGACACCAGAGAAAAGAGGGAAAAAAUUAAAGAGAUGAUGAAACAUGCGUGGAGUAAUUAUAGGAAAUAUGGCUGGGGACAUAAUGAACUCAAACCCAUUGCUAUGAAAGGACAUUCCACAAAUAUAUUUGGAAGUUCAAAAAUGGGUGCUACUAUAGUAGAUGCUUUGGAUACUCUUUAUAUUAUGGGACUCCAUGACGAAUUCAAAGAAGGACAAGAGUGGAUUGACCACAAUCUUGAUUUCAGUGUGAAUUCAGAGGUCUCUGUAUUUGAGGUUAAUAUUCGUUUCAUUGGAGGACUUCUUGCAGCUUAUUACCUUUCAGGACAGGAGGUAUUCAAGAACAAAGCAGUGCAGUUGGCAGGGAAACUCCUUCCUGCCUUUAACACACCUACUGGGAUUCCCUGGGCAAUGGUGAAUCUGAAAAGUGGAAUUGGACGAAACUGGGGUUGGGCCUCUGCAGGUAGCAGCAUUCUGGCUGAAUUUGGUACCCUGCAUAUGGAAUUUGUCCACCUCAGCUAUUUGACAGGGGACCCAGUCUAUUACCAAAAGGUCAUGCACAUUCGGAAACUGCUUCAGAAAAUGGAUAGACCUGAUGGGCUUUAUCCAAACUAUUUGAAUCCCAAAACAGGCCGAUGGGGUCAGCAUCACACAUCAGUUGGUGGACUUGGGGACAGCUUUUAUGAGUACUUACUGAAAGCAUGGUUGAUGUCAGAUAAAACAGAUAUUGAAGCGAGGAAGAUGUAUGACGAUGCCAUUGAGGCCAUAGAAAAGCAUCUUAUUAGAACAUCCAAUGGAGGCCUCACUUUUAUUGGAGAAUGGAAGAAUGGACAUUUGGAAAGAAAGAUGGGUCAUUUGACCUGCUUUGCUGGAGGAAUGUUUGCAUUGGGAGCAGAUGGUUCCAAGAAGGAUAAAGCUGGGCAUUAUUUACAACUUGGAGCUGAAAUUGCACAUACAUGUCAUGAGUCAUACGACAGAACGGUGUUAAAACUGGGUCCUGAAGCAUUCAAAUUUGACGGUGGUGCAGAGGCUGUAGCGGUACGGCAGAAUGAAAAGUAUUACAUCCUUCGCCCAGAAGUAAUUGAAACUUACUGGUACAUGUGGAGAUUCACUCAUGACCCUAAAUACAGGCAGUGGGGCUGGGAGGCAACAGAGGCUAUUGAAAAGUAUUGUCGAGUCAGAGGUGGAUUUUCUGGGAUCAAAGAUGUAUAUUCUUCUGCUCCAGCAUAUGACGAUGUACAGCAGAGCUUCUUCCUUGCUGAAACACUGAAGUAUUUGUAUCUGCUCUUCUCCAAUGACGACCUUUUACCUUUAGACCACUGGGUGUUUAAUACAGAAGCCCACCCUCUGCCUGUGUUACAUUUAGCCAACACCACACUUUCAGGAAAUCCUGAUUUACGGUAAAAGAAGCUCAAGAGGAGAGACUGUACUCACCUGUGUUUUGUUUACAUGGACCAAUGCAGAAAUUAGGCUGGAGAGGGGGACUCUUGGAAACCUGGGCCUCCAAGUCAGGAUGUCAGGGUGAGAAGUGACUGCUCCGCUCGAAGCUCUUCAACCUAUAGAUAAAUUAACUUUGAAAUUAUUCCAUUUUGUACCUGACCAAAAUAUGCUCCACUGUUUGCAGGACAGAGACCUAAUGUGCUUUAAAUUCUAACGAGAAGGUCAUAUGGUGGGGGGCAAUGCCUAUUGUAAUUGUAUUAAUUUAGAAUAUUGGAGUGAGGAGGAUGGGCCUCCUUGAGAAUGAAUGUGAAACAUGGAGCUCUGUGCUGCAAAGUUACAGAUGGCCUCUGCAGCAAAUUAUGUAUUUGCUUCCUUCUGACUUGGAGUGGAUCCUAAACACCUUGUUUUUCUCCCUCCUCCCUACCCCCAAACUCUUUUGAUAAUGGAAGGAACCAUGAAAUAGACAAGGAUAAUAGAACAGCAAGACUGUACCAGCAGCAACAGCCGCAGAAUUUUAAACUGAAAAGAGAUAUACAGGUCCUGUGUCUUUCUGAAUUAUCAAGUCCCCAUUCAGUGACCAGCCUGGCAGCCAUUUUAAGUACCCUAUGUGUUUCAUUAACUCCCCUUGGUUGAGUCCGUUGUUUUUGUUUUUUUCCCCCUGGGAUGUGAAUUCACAAAGGAAAUACUUUUCCUGUCUUUGUCUUCAUGUGGAAUCAUCAAAUCUGCAGUAUUUUUUUUAUAUUCACCACUUUUGAGAACUUAGGUUUGGAAAUUUUGUGCAUGUAGCUCAGUCAAGUAUUGGUAGCAUGACAAAAAAAAAAGCUCCAUAUUUCCUUGAAACCUGUUCUUAAGAGAAAGCUUUCUUAUUUUGGUGGGAGAGGAUUUUCCUCAAGGAGCAAAUCCAUCAGGCAAAUCUUAGCCUCUUUAGCCUCUGGAAUAAACUUAAUAUAGUCAUUCACCUUUCAACCAUUGGUGAUGGUCUUAUUCAAAUGCUCUUCUAUAGCUCUGAGUUUCUCUUUAUUGCCUUGAAGAACUAAAUUAUUAUUACAGCUCAACCAACUUAUUAAAGAGUAAGACACCUUGUUUUCUAUUUAAUCCCACCUCCUAACCCCUCUGUUGUUAGCUGAUUGGACAGUCCCAUCACAAAUCAAUUCAACCUUCUCUGGAGACAUUUAUGGGAAGGCAAAAAAUUGUCAAAAUAGUCUUCACCAAUAAAGGCUUGGUGCAGAUAAGCAUAUAACAUAAUAGAUAUGAGAUAUAUUGGUGGCAUCUCCUCCUUUCAUGGAUAGUAGAAAGCUUUUGCACUGAUAUUUAUAUUAGGUUAAGUCAGCCAGCCCUAUUUGUUUUGGAGAGAGACCAUGAAUUUUAACCAGGAACAUGAAAUACUGGAAGAUAAAUGUUAUUUUAUGAUACAUAUUUUCUGGACUUGAGUAAUUUUAUGUUACACCCUGAAACAUGUUUCUUUGCCCUUUUAUUUUACAAACAACUCCCAUUGGUUUGAGAGAGAACAUUAGUCAUUGACAUUUUAAUACUACCUUUAUUAGUAAUUGGACAGUUUUUUAAACUAUAUUUACUUAAGUCUAUAUUGGAAUUUAAAAUAUUUUAAUAUUUUCUUCUUUUCAAACCUCUGUUUAAUUUGUGAUGGAUUUAAGUGGGAAGAGAUUCUAAGAAAAUGUGUAAUUCAAUUCUGUUUUUCAGUUCAGUUCUGUAUAAUUACCUUCAAUCAUAGAUUGUCAGUUCACCAAAUAUCAGAUAUAUAUUCUGUUAGAUAAUUUUUUUCAGUAUGCAUUCAAUAUUAUAUUGUAAAGAUGAAAAUUCAAGUCUUUAUAAGAGUUCAUUUUAGUACACUAAAUAAUUCCAUCAAAUUCUGAAAUCUUACCAACUUUUUCUACUUGAAAGUCAAGAAAUUGAGUACUCUUAGUGUAAUUUAAGUACACUUGUUUAAGAGUGAUUUUAGUAAAAUAUGGGGAAAACAUUUGGUUUUCCAAAAAAAGUUCUCCUUCCUCCUUAGACAUAUGGUAAAUUCCAUAUGUAAGUAAUGGAAUGGAUAUGAAAACAGGCCUUGUUGUAUAGUUCUAGAGUAGAUCAACAAUCAGGCGUGAGCUGAAACUGCUAUAAAGAAGACAAAGCGAAUGCAUCUUCUGGCCUCAUUAGGAAUUCCCAAGGUGACAAAGUGGCCAUCCCUAAUUCUUUGCCCCAUGGUCACUUCUGUAUUCACCUCUCGGGGCACAAGGAAGGAGUUCCAGUGAUGUUCUCUUCCCGCUCCCUACCCACCAGAGUCUGAGCUUAGAAUAAGCAGAUAAGGGGGCCACAAGGGAUAAUUUUGUCCCACCUGGUGAACCAAAACCCUAUGUGGAAAAAUUUGGAAGGAUAGGAAUCAUAAACAUAUUUUCAUUUUUCUCUUCUCAGAAUACCAAAGGCAAUUAAACUCAAUUACAAAGUGA